CCAGUGCAGCGUGACGGAGAAUAAAAAUCAUAGACGGGUAGGAGAAGGACCCAUUGUCGAACAAACCACCGAUGCAUGUGGAGUGGUUGUGACCCACAAAUGGAUUGGUGACGUUGGUGCAAGUGUUGGUGAUACAGACAGAGUGAUAGCAGAAUGACUUGCCUGAUAUACCUCGUGGCCUUGGCGCUGUUGGCCCAAGCCAGGUCAGAGGUGGUCGAACUGAACUGUAGUGAUAAUGCCACGUGUAUAGACCAUAUGGCGAGGGAGUUCAUGAGGAGUUUAAGGCAACAAAAAGCAGUGAAGCUGUUCGAUUUGUUCACGAUAGAGCCUAUAGAGAGUCAGGCGAGAUCAAACAAAGGCCCGCUAACGAGAUUUUUAACUUCGCACGCGAUAAGUAUCGACUGGAACGAUUUCACGUUCAGAUUCUCCAAUCCACAAGGCAGGAGCGACGCGAUGGACUUAGAAGUGCUUGAAAGCAGAUCAGCUAAAGAUGAUUCGGAUGUGAUACCGAAGAAAUCGAAAAGCACAGAAGAAGACGAAGUCAUCGAUGACAAGUCCGGACAACACAUACAACACGUACAUGCUAAACCUGUUAGGGUUAAGCCCAUUAAACGAAGGGGAUCGAAACGCAAAGUGAUGCAAGCAGUCAUCCCAAUGCUUAUCGGCAUGAAAUCAGCAGGAAUUGCCAUUUUCGGCCUUUUUAUGGUCUCCGUCAUCACAAUCAAGGCUUUCAUGGCCAGCAAGAUGGCACUUCUAGUCACAGUUGGUAUGGCAAUGAAGAAACUCUAUGAGAGUUAUGGCAAUGGCGCUGGUUUGCAAAACCAACCGUACCUUUACUCACAAUAUCCGAUCGAUUUUCCAAGCGCCGGGUCGCACGCAUACUCCGUAAAUGGAGUGAGUCCUCAGUUUGCGUCUCCGGAGUUAUACAGCCCCACAGCCCUCGGCUCACACUCCCAACAACACGAGCUGAUCCAACAAAGUGAUGCUAGUGCUCAGCAGUCGCAACAGGCGCCUACGCAGCUCCUCGUAAACGCAACACGAGCGGCGGAAAGGUGGGAUGGUAAGUCAAAACUGUUCAAACUCUUUGAACCAGUCGUCGACACUAUCAGGAGCUUCGUCGAUCCAAUUGCCAACGUCUUUUACGAUGCCAUACCAACGUUCAGAGGGCUCAGUUCUGAUGCCUCCACAGCCAAGAGUGUAGAUCCAGAAGUUGAUCAACAAGUCGAGGAAAAGAAGAGGCCCAGAGAAAUUUUGAUACCUCAACCAAGAUUUAUUGCUCAGAGGAAAAUGUCGUACAGAAAAGCUCCGAGACACAGACCAAAGAAGUAUGUUGAAUUAAACUUAAACUUAGAUAGGCUGAAACAUAAUAAAGAUUAUCUCGAGUAUAUAAAAACAAAAAAGUACCAAUACAACUACCCACAUACGUUUUAUUACCCCCGUAUCAAGUAUUUUGUAAAUCCUAACACUUUUCCUCCAGGGCCUAACAACAACAGAUUUUUACCUUAUAGAAAACCAAUUUUAAGACGAAAUAUUUUAGUUAACAGUAACAAUGUAACUGAAACAACUACCAGUAAUAUUUUACCAUUAGAACCAACCGAUUGGAAGCCAAUAAUCGUAUAUAACGUGACAGAUUCAAAUUUAGAUCAGAGUAAAAUUCGCAAACACCGAAAGAAGGCAAAAAAUGUAGGAAAAUUUCGAAGAAGGAGAGUAAUGAAAAAACGUAAAAGAGUCAAAAGAAGUUUGGAUUCAUAUGAGUUUACAAAUAUAAAUUCUUUUCCAAGGAAAACGUCUGAUAAUAAAAUCAACAAUAAAUUAGUGACUUCAGGUAGAGGACUAUUUGAUUUUUCUGAAUACUUUACUAAUCCUUUUGAAUUACUAUUAAAAACAAUAGAAAAAAAUGUAGCUGAUUACGCGGGAAAACUUGUUCCAGUCCCCUUAUUGAAGUCUGCGUUAAAGUCCAAAGAACCUCCAAAAUAUUAUACAAUUGCCUACAACAUAUUAAUGUUUUAUUUAGAUGCAAUGGAUGGUUUAAUGGCUGUUAAUGAAGCAAUUACAGAUUAUAUGAAUGAUAGUGAUGUUAAAACAAAACGAAAAAAGAAAAUUAAGAAAAAAACCAAAAGGAAAAAUCUGUCACAGUCUAAGGUUCAGAGUAACGAAACGGUUCCUUUAGAGUAAAGUGAUGACGAUUAUAGAAAAUAAAUACGUAGUUAGUGAAAAUGAAAUUAUUGCAUUUAGUAUGGUGGCGGUUUUAUGCGCUGUUUAGUUAUAGUAGGUAUAUUUUAAUUAAAUAUGUUGUU